AUGCCCAACAUUCAUCACGGCUUCCUUGGUCCAAAUGGGGAGGUCUUGACGGAACAGGAGCGUAGAGACCGCCAGCGGCUUCGCGACGAAAUUGACCUCAACUCUUUCAACCUACGCAUUUGGGCCGUUGCUGCGACUGGCUUCUUCACUGACUCAUACAACUUGUUUGCGACCAACGUCAUCCUUCCCUCUCUCGCCUUCGUCUAUUGGCCCAACGAGAGGUCGACAUGGAGGGAACUGCUCGUCAACUCCAUGACUUUGGCAGGGUCUAUAGUCGGCCAGGUCUUCUUUGGAUGGCUUGGUGACCGCUUUGGGAGAACUAGGCUGUACGGUAUAGAGCUCGCCAUCGUUAUCUUUUCCACCAUUGGGGUCGCCUCCGUCUCGUCAGGCUACCUAGAAAACAUGAGCAUAUUAGGGUGGCUCUCAAUAUGGCGUUUUGUCAUGGGGGUACUGCUCCCAAGGGUAGGCAUUGGAGCCGAAUACCCUCUAAGUGCUGUGAUUACGACCGAAUGGUCAUCAACAAGAGCCCGGGGGAGGAUGAUCGCCGCUGUGUUCCUUAUGCAGCCGGUCGGCCAGUUGUUUGCACAUCUCGUCGGCCUGUGGGUUCUCUUCGGACUUGACAAAAGGGACCAUUUGCAAGAGAAUUGCUCCAAGACGGCUGAUGCCAUAGCCCUGGCCAAAUGCACAUCAACUGUUGAUUCUAUCUGGCGGAUAGUAACCGGAGUGGGAGCAGCGCCUGCCCUCAUUGCCAUCCUUUUCCGUUUGUUGAUUUCGGACCCUGGCCUCUACGAUCUCGAGGUUAAGAAGAAUCUUCCCCGAGCGCUCCGAAGUACUAGAAGGGUAUAUGGCAGCCAGGCAAAUCAGAAUAUUCAAAUGCAACUGAUAGGUCAAGCUAACGGACCGGCUACCUUGCAUCCCCCUGCAAAUCCUGUCCAGUUUUCCUCCAGGGAUCUCACGCGGUUUUUCUUUGAACAGAAAAACUGGGUAUACUUAGCAGGAACAAGCACAACAUGGUUCUUGCUGGAUUUCUCCUUUUAUGGCCUCGGGAUGGGGAAUUUUCGUACGCUGUCUAAAAUAUGGGCGACCUGGGAUGCAAAACAGCAAGGUGGCAAUCCUCCUGCGGUACCAAGUUGGAAUACAGACCCGACACUCAACGCUACUAUUUUAGAGAAUAAGGGUAGGCAAGCAACAAUAUACGACGUACUGUACGAAAAUGCGAGAAAGAGCAUGCUAACGGUAUCCAUCGCCUCGGUCAUGGGCAGCCUGCUGUUCAUCUAUGCCGUCAACUAUCUACCCCGACGGCAGUGGUUGACAACCUCUUUCUUGGCACUCGCCAUUCUCUUCAUCAUCACUGGAGGGACGUUCUAUGCUGUUUUCCACACUACCAACCACGCGGUUACCGUCUUCCUCGUCGCCGUUUGCCACUUUGGGUUUAAUUUCGGCGCGAAUACCCUCACCUUUAUGAUCCCCGCCGAAAUCUUCCCAACGACAUACCGAUGCUUCUGCCAUGGUGUCUCUGCGGCAGCGGGAAAACUUGGUAGUGUCGUCGUCCUGCUCAUCUUGCACUACGUCCAUGCCAGCGAUCCAGUAGCGACCACGCAGGGGUAUAUCUUCAUCAUCUUUGGUAUCGUCAUGGCGAUUGGCGCCGCAUUUUCUUGGGCCUGGAUUCCAAAUAUCCAAGCGGGCCGGGAGGAUCCGCGGAGCCUUACGUUGAGUAACAAGAGGUUAGAGGAUCUAGGAGGUGGGUAUGAGAGAGCAGUUGUUGGAGAAGGGGAAUGUAUCGGGUUUCGACGAAAGUGGCGGAGGUGGCGCGGGGAGGAUUAG